CUGUUGUUCUCGCCUACCUGUUCACCUACUUUACCCUUCAAGUCCUUAACUUUACAGCCAUUACACUUAAAAGAGACAAACGAGGGACAAUGGUGAAUCCCGGAGGCAACAGCCAGCCACCACCAGUGGGCACAGGGUCUCUGUCCUGGAAGCGGUGUGCGGGGUGUGGGGGCAAAAUCGCAGACCGCUUCCUCCUUUACACCAUGGACAGUUACUGGCACAGCCGAUGCCUCAAGUGCUCCUGCUGUCAGGCCCAGCUGGGCGAAAUCGGCACGUCGUGCUACACAAAAAGUGGCAUGAUCCUCUGUAGAAACGACUAUAUCAGAUUAUUUGGAAACAGUGGAGCUUGCAGCGCUUGUGGCCAGUCCAUUCCAGCCAGUGAACUGGUGAUGAGGGCACAGGGCAACGUGUACCAUCUCAAGUGUUUCACAUGUUCCACCUGCCGGAACCGGCUCGUCCCCGGGGACCGGUUCCACUACAUCAACGGCAGCCUGUUCUGUGAACACGACAGACCCACAGCGCUCAUCAACGGCCAUUUGAGUUCACUGCAGACGAACCCACUACUGCCCGACCAGAAGGUGUGUUAAGCGGGAGCUGUGCAGGAAGCAGGAUGUGUGCCUUCAUUUUAGCCCUUACUCAUUGUCACCCGAGACAGCGUGGAUCAGCAACACCCCAGCCUUUUAGCUGUGCUCCCAGGCCCUUUGCCCUAAAGGAAUCCUCUACCCAUCUUACCAGUAACCUGACUUUUAUUUCUGCAACCCAUACCCAACGCUCAGCCUUCAACCUUGGCUUUUCCCCAAAUAUGGGUGGAUACUUGCACUUAACCGCACCUGAAUCAGGACGCUGAGGACUCCGUGACCUUGGAAUUAAAAAAAAAAAGACCAGAGACCGAUCAGAAUCCAAGGGGACUCUUCAGGAAGAGAAAAUUAAAUAACACACAAGAGGAUGUUGUGACUGAAGUGAGGGAACGAGAAAAAGACUAAUGAGGUUAAAGAGAUGCAGGCUUUUCAACUCUGCAUAUUUGUUUAAAGACAUUUUGGGGAAAACCGGGACCUUUUCAUUUUUCCUCUCUCUCUUUUCUAUCCUUAUUUCCCAACAACAUGGUGUUUCCACUUUCUAUAUUUUAAAUGUUGUCAACGGGGAAUGUGUUUUUUUUUUGUUUUUUUUUUUCUUUGGUGGUAUAUAUAUAUAUAAAAAGAUGGGGUUUUAAAAAAAAUCUGUGGCUUUUUGUGGAAAACAAAUCAUGAACACUCGGUGUAUUUGUAAAACUACCAUGUAUGUACAGUAUGCAUGUAAAUGUCGUUGUCCAGGCGUGGCUACAGUACAUUCAACCUCUCCGCACUCAGCUCCAGUCGUCCCUCCUCCCCCUCCCUUGAAAAACCUGAACCCAUGGCAAACAGAAGAAAUUUGCUCAUAGUCGGUAAUGUAGAAAUCAUCAUCAACAUAUAAAUGCUGAAUGAAAGAGAAAUUUAUUUGUGAUAUUUUCCGAGACAUUUGCUCCAGUAUGGUGUAUUUAAUUAAUAAAAAUAUUGAAGAUUUAAAAGCCUCUGUAAAUUCAUUGUGAAGCUUCAGAAUCUGUGCUCGCGGUUACGGUUUUCUAAAUCUGGGGUUAUAUUUUGUAAUAUUUGAAUUCUAGUUGACGCACUUCUCUAUAGCAAUGUUGUCUUGAGACCCUUGUUUUUACCACUGAACCAUUUCAGUGACAUCUUUAUGUCUGAAUUACAUAAUUACUGCAGGAUCCCAUUAGCGGAGUGCCCGAGAAUUUAGCUUUCACAAGGAAGGCGUGAUCAGUGCAUGACUUGCCUUAGCAUUGAAAAUCCUCAAUUGAAGACUGCAGCGCUGCCAUUCAGCUUCCAGCCCAGCAAUCAUCAAGGCGCAUGAUGAGUGUCUAACUGAAAAUGGAUAAACAUGUAUCCUCUCUUUCUUUUCAAAUGACCGUUUGCUAUUCAUCACUCUAAUACCUGACAGAAAUAUAGGAAAAUGUCCCUUUGAAGAUUCAAUUACUGCAGAGAGGGAGAGAGGUGUCUCUCUUUGGCAGGCACAAAUUGAAUGGGCUAUUUGCAGAACAAAUUGGUGUUUGAAGUCCUUGCAAGACCUAAUAGGUCUGAAGGAGGGACCCGGUAAUGGCUGAUGCGCUUAUCUGCAGAGUCUGGGCCUCUCGUGAGCCCGCUGCUGUCGCUGAAACAAUGCUGCUGUACAGGAUAAGACUUUCAUGCAAAAAACAAAA